AUGCCCUCGUCUCCCCCUGCCGAGUUCAACAUGGUCCAUGGUGUCGAGGACGAUGACGAUAUCGAGGAAGAAGCCCAGAUCCAGGACGAUAUUGACGACUUGGACGAGAUGGCUGAAGAUGACGUCGAUCUGUUCCGCGAAGGCUUCGAAGCCGAUUACCGAGGUAGGGAGGACGACAUGUAUGAGGGCAUUGGCCUAGACGACGAGGGUGAAUAUGGCGACAUGGACCUGGCUGCUCGACGACAACUCGAGGCCCAACUCAACCGACGAGAUCGUGAAGUCGCACGAAGACAAAGGAUUCCGGCUGCCUUCCUGCCCGGCGAUGAGGACGAUGGCGAUAUCGAUUUGACUGCCCAGCCUCGGCGUCGCCGUCACCACUACGAUGAAGAUCCUGACGACAUGAUGGACACGGAUAUCAUGGCUGAGGAAUUGUCACUGGAGGCCCUUGGUGAUGUCAAGGCUUCGACCUUGACCGAGUGGGUGUCACAACCUUCAGUUCAGCGAACCAUCAAGCGCGAGUUCAAGGCCUUCCUCACAUCUUACACCGACACAUCUGGUUCUUCUGUCUACGGUAACCGUAUCCGAACACUCGGUGAGAUCAACGCCGAGUCCCUCGAGGUUUCAUACGAGCAUCUUUCCGAGAGCAAGGCCAUCUUGGCCUACUUCCUUGCCAACGCACCUGCAGAGAUGCUCAAGCUGUUUGACGAAGUCGCCAUGGAUGUGGUUCUCCUCCAUUACCCCGACUACGAGCGCAUUCAUUCCGAGAUUCACGUGCGAAUCUUUGAUCUGCCUGUUCACUACACCUUGCGACAGCUUCGUCAAUCGCAUCUGAACUGUCUGGUGCGGGUGAGUGGUGUCGUUACUCGACGAUCGGGUGUCUUCCCUCAGCUCAAGUAUGUCAAGUUUGACUGCACAAAGUGCGGUGUCACACUGGGACCCUUCCAGCAGGAGUCCAACGUCGAGGUCAAGAUCAGCUACUGCCAGAGCUGCCAGUCAAGGGGCCCCUUUACUCUCAACUCGGAAAAGACUGUCUACCGUAACUACCAGAAGCUCACUCUCCAGGAGUCUCCCGGUACAGUGCCUGCUGGUCGACUGCCUCGACAGCGUGAGGUUAUCCUGCUGUGGGAUCUCAUCGACAAGGCAAAGCCUGGUGAGGAGAUUGAAGUCACUGGAAUUUACCGCAACAACUACGAUGCUCAACUCAACAACCGAAACGGCUUCCCUGUGUUUGCCACUAUCCUCGAGGCCAACAAUGCCGUCAAGUCGCAUGACCAGCUGGCUGGUUUCCGCAUGACUGAAGAGGACGAGCAUCAGAUCCGCAAACUGUCCCGAGAUCCCAACAUCGUGGACAAGGUCAUCAACUCGAUCGCUCCUAGCAUUUACGGACACACUGACAUAAAGACGGCUGUCGCUCUGUCGCUUUUCGGUGGUGUCGCAAAGACAACAAAAGGUGCUCAUCAUCUGCGAGGCGAUAUCAAUGUUCUUCUCCUGGGUGAUCCUGGUACAGCCAAGUCGCAGAUCCUCAAGUACGCCGAGAAGACAGCUCACCGAGCUGUGUUUGCCACCGGUCAGGGUGCCAGUGCUGUCGGUUUGACAGCCAGUGUCCGCCGUGAUCCUCUGACCAGCGAAUGGACUCUGGAAGGUGGUGCUCUCGUGUUGGCUGAUCGAGGAACAUGCCUUAUCGACGAGUUCGACAAGAUGAACGACCAGGAUCGUACAUCUAUUCACGAAGCUAUGGAACAACAGACCAUUUCCAUCUCCAAGGCUGGUAUCGUGACUACUCUUCAGGCUCGUUGCGGUGUGAUUGCAGCUGCCAACCCUAUCGGUGGUCGAUACAACUCUACAGCUCCCUUCUCCUCCAACGUCGAGUUGACAGAGCCCAUCUUGUCGCGUUUCGAUAUCCUGUGUGUAGUGCGCGACACUGUUGAGCCGGCUGAGGAUGAGCGUCUUGCGCGCUUCAUUGUGGGAUCACACAGCCGAAGCCAUCCUCUGAGCCAGCAAGAACAAGAUUCGAUGGAGGUUGAGCAUGAUACCCAAGCAGAUACCCAGGCGACUACCGGUAAUCGUAAGGCGGAGGGCGAGAUUCCCCAGGAGCUGCUGAGGAAGUACAUCCUCUACGCCCGAGAGCACUGUUCGCCGAAGCUGUACCAUAUCGACGAGGACAAGAUUGCACGACUGUUUGCCGACAUGCGACGAGAGUCUCUUGCUACUGGCGCCUAUCCCAUUACGGUGCGUCAUCUGGAAGCCAUCAUCCGAAUUAGCGAAGCAUUCUGCCGCAUGCGAUUGUCAGAAUACUGCUCGACGCAGGAUAUUGACCGUGCUAUUGCGGUUACGGUGGACAGUUUCGUCGGCAGCCAAAAGCUCAGCUGCAAGAAGGCUCUCGCACGAGCGUUUGCCAAGUAUACACUGGCACGGCCGGGUAGCCAGAAGAGGACCGGAGCAAACAGCCAAGCGCGACGACAGACCGCAGUUGUAGGUUAA